UGACACAAUUCUGUAAAUCACAAUUAGUGUCAUUUUUAACAUGUAAUAAUACGUUACAUCGUCAACAAUUGAAAGAGAUGGUAAUGUGAAUGGUCUUUUUUUUCUUCUUUUCAUUUAAAUGUGUAAUGGUCCCUAGUCUCUAGCUACCAUGCCUCCAUUGUUUGUCAAUCUUGGAUCAAGCUGAGGGGCUCCUAGUUGCAAGCAUUGUGGGAUAACACCCACUCAAAGAAUCAUAGACGGCACCGCCGAUCAUCUCCGAAACGUUAACCUCCGAGGAAAUAAACAAGAUUAAAAACAAUCCAGAAAAACGUAAUCAAGGAGGAAGAAAUCAACCAUUGAUUCUGUGGCGGCCAUUUUUGUAAUCUAAUUACACAGCAUCGCCUGGCUGGGUCAACAUCUCAGCAACUGCAAGCUAAGUGAUCUCCUCUGUGCGGCAACUUGUCCACUAAUUAGACAAUCUUUGGCUGGCUGGCGCAAUCAGUAAGCAGGUUCAAAAAUAACAAUUCAGCAUGAAAGUCCAACUCCAACUUGCGGGUCUCUAUCGUGUAUAACGUAUCUCGUUUUAAUUCGCUGCUAUUUCAUAUAAUGCACUGAACUGAUGUCCAAUUGAGAUAUUAAGUAACUUGGAAUUGCCCACCUCCAGUUGUUGAUUAAGACCCAACGAUUAAUUGUUGUUCUGCAAAUUUCGUUUUGCUUAUUUUAGUUCGAUUAAUUAUUGUUAGGCCCAAAUAAAUUAAUCAUCCAUAUAUAAUUAAGAUUACGAUGGCAAGUCAUGAUAAUCCCUUAAUUCACUAAUUCCGGUGGGUGCCAAGGGGAUCACCAUUACGAAGGGGUGGAAAUCGGUAUGGUAUCGGUAUCCCAAUACCAAAUACUGAAAUCCCGAAUACCAAAUUAUAUCCGAAAGUCAAUCCCAACCUCAAUCCCUAAAUAAUUUCGGUAUCCCAAUCACUAAAUAUUCUGGUAUCCCAAACGGUACUUCGGUAUCCCAGUCGGUAUUAUCGAAUAUGAAAUUAAUUACAUUUCAAAUAAAUAAUUAAAUAUAUAGAUUAGAUUUGGUUGUUUAAUUUCGGGCAAAGAGACUAAGCAAAGAGUCUUGAGUUUGCCUACAGUUAGGAUAUGGAUAAGGAGAAUGAAGGAGAGGUGACAUCUCAAAUUCUUGUCAUUGGUAAUCUUUAGUUUGACGAAUUGAAAGCUGAGAGUCGACUAAUACUAGUAUUUGCUUUUUGGUGUUAUGCAAAUUUCGUUUUGCUUAUUUUAGUUCAAUUAAUUAUUGUUAAGCCCAAAUAAAAAAUCAUCCAUAAUUAAAGAUUAUGAUAGCAAGUCACGAUAAUCCCUUAUCACUAAUUCAGGUGGAUGGCUAGGGGAUCACAAUUAUUGAUGAUGGUGGCGAGACAUGAAUACCCUUUUGUCAAAUCCUUAGCCAAAUUACGAGAGUUGGUAAUGGUAUGGUAAUGGAGGCGCAAAAGCCUGCAAUCAAAUUCGACGUCAAUGGAAUUUCUCCUUCAGUAACUUUGUAUUUCCAGGAACACCAACGAGUCUCGCUUGUAUUCAAACUUGGUAUCUGCAAUUCGCAAGCCUUCACUAUCGUGACAGCUUUACCAUUAUGCUAUCUUACCUUUGGUAAUUUUUUGUGUAAGUGAAAAAUAUUACUAUGGUAUAAAAUUUAUUUUAACUACUAUGGUAAAGUAAAAUGAAAAAUACAGUCAAAGGUUAAAAAACAAAAGACUUAGACCAUCCACAAUGAUAAGUGGUAAAAGUGAAAAAAAUGGGAUGAGGAAAUUUGGGUUUUUAUAUUUCAACAAAUACGGGUAGGAAAAAAAGUGAGAAAUUGGUAAUUAUUUAUAUAUAGUAUAAAUUAGUUAAGAAAAAUUUUCUGCAUAACUUUUUUCUCAACAUAAAUUUGCUAUCAAUAAUUAGAUACGACCACAUCAAUGAAAAAAAAAAAACAAUAAUUGAUAAGAUGUCAUAGUAAAAAAUAGUUUCAUCAUUCAUAAAAGAAAAUAGUUGCACUAAUAAUGGAACAAAUAACCAUUACAAAAAUGGUCAUUGUAAUUUAAGUUUGAAAAGUAUGUGUAUAAUCCACAACACGACUCAAGUUAGGGUGCAUAAUGCAUCCUUGCAUAAAUAAAUUUUGGCCCUUAGUUUAGAGUGGCCUCACAAGGGUGCAUAUCUAGGGUUGGGAAUUAAAAUUUUUUAUUUUUCUUAGUUUUUUUAAUUGACUCUUAUCUUCUUCGUUCUAAUUUGGAUUUUAAUUUUUUUUACCUAAGAUGAAACCAGUUCAUUCUGAUUUACAAAUUAAUUAUCAAUAUAUUUGAGAGAAAAAAUUCAUAUAACUUGUUACCACCUCCAUACCAUAUGUUAUCUACUCCGUUUUAAAGUGAAUUUAGAAAUUUUUGACAGUAGGAACGUGUUCAUCAUGAUCUGUUAAAUCUACAAAUUUCUGGGGAGGGGGGAUACUGGACAAAAAAUACCACCUCAUACCACCUUGGUAUAAGGGUAGUAUCGGUUCACAAUUUUGAAAGUUGUAAAUGAUAGUCGAUUUUGAAAUUUUUGCAUAGAAGGAACGUGUUCAUCAUGUAUUCAACCCUUCUACUUCUACUUCUACAGCCUGAUAUGUUCAUACCACCAUGAUACACUUUCCAUUCCACGUAAUGUGCCCUUAUGUAAAUACCAAACGAUACCACCAUGGUAUACAUUGGUACUAAUUUUAUUUCAAAAAACAUAUUAGAAUAAAUAUCAUUUUAAAGAGCACGAUUAAUCUGAUUUUACCUGUAUAAAUAUGGAAAAAAAUAUAUAUAUAAUUCUUAUCGAAUCUAGAAGGCAGGUCGGAUUGACACAGGCAGCACGAGUCUCACGACCAUAAUAAUGCAAAAUGGUAGGUCUAUUUUCAAGAGGGUCAAUAUUCAAACGAAAUUAUGAAGAGGAGAACAAAAACUUUUCCCUCGUCUGAAAAGGAGAAUAAAGCAGUAUUUUUUUGCAUUCGGAUUGAAAGCUAUUUCUUGAAUUAUGAAAAGGGCCAAAAUAAAGUUUCACCACCUAACAAUUGCUUAUAUGCUUAGUGCAGGAAAAAAGGUAGCGUUUUGUUCAAGCGGACCCGAGACUUGAUUGAGAUGACAAACCACCCUAAUUGUCAUUUACAAUUACGACAUUUUUGCGGAGUUUUAACCUUCUGGAAAUCUAUCUCGCUUUUCGUUUCUACUCCCUCGCUUGUAUUAUUCUUCCGACCAAGAGCUGGCCGGAUGGGGAAUCCUCUUUUGUUGCUUUCUCCGGAGCUUUCAUUCAUCACAUGCAGUUGGUAAAGACAGAGGUGAGUUUAUUUACCUUAUAUCACUGUCGUCUAGAAUUAAGGGCUGUCAAUAUGAUCGUGACUGAGUGAUCGUGUCGUUGGUUUUCAGUCUGGAGUUUUAAAGUCUGAAUUUCAGGAAUGGUGAUCGUUUUUCUUUGAACUGGUUCUUGUAAGAAAAAAAAAUGUGAGUUCAUAAAUUAGGUACGUGGAUUCGAUUCAAAAGUACAUCUAACUUUAGAUAAGUAUGAUAUUUUUAAUCCUUUAUACUAAAAUAUCCUUAUAAAUAAUUAGGUACCAAAAAAAACCUUUGAAGAAUGGUUUUCAUUACAAUGGGAAUUUAGACUUCAAAAUGUAGAAUACAAAAUUUAUAGGUGCUAAACCAUAAAAUUUCCAACAACUCAUUAAUCAAUCCAUAAACUAAGAUAAAUUGGAUUGAAUCGAUAUAUCAUAUUCAAAUGGUAUGCUUUAAUGAGAAGUCAUUCAAGUACCAAGUUAUACCCCAUUAGUCUUAUAGUCGAUGGUUCACAUUCUAUGAUGUUAUUGAUUCGACAAAUAACAUCGUAUGACAAAUUCAUGAGCUACUCUCGAAAUAACUUAUGAGAAUGAGAUUUGCCUCCAAAUUAGAGCUGGCAAUUUGGUCCAGGACUGUUUGGUUUUACCCAAAACCGGACCGUAUAACUCGGAUCGGGACCGAACUGGGACCGGAUAGCAAACAAUUCAAUCUCAUAUUCGGGCUUAGAUUUGAGGUAAAAAACCAGGAUAAAGACCGGAUAAGAGACCCCCCAACACCUAAAAUCAAGAUAAAAUUGAGACCGGACCGGGUCAAGACCGGAGUGUAUCCAAUCCAAUCUUUGGUCCUUAUAUCCUCGAAAAGACCGGGCUGGAACCGGAUCAAUUUGGUCCAAUUUAACCGGAUCGGACUGUAUAGCCACCCCUACUCAAAAUCGCUUUUUCGAAUACUCUCUCAAUGUGUAAUAUAUGUAUUACCUUUAACUUAGAUGUGGGUCACGCACACAAUAAUGUACUCGUUCAACCAAAAUCUGUUCGAACUUGAGAUUUGAUACUAGUCCGUGGGAUGUAAUGUUAUUCCUUCCCAGAGAAUACAUUAUUUAGUAACUAAAAUAUGUACAAUAUCACAGGAAAUCAUGAACAAAAGAGCCAAAUCUCAAAUUUUAAGUGCCACGCGAGUCAUGACCCCCUGGUUUCUGGUGUACUCAUGCUAAUAAUUAAUAAAGUUUAUGAAUUAAUUAAAAAGGUUUUUAAAAAGUUAACAUAAAAGAAAAAUUAUAAUAAAGGUUAGGAACUCUACAAGAAAAAGAUCACUCGGAUCGUGCAUUUUGCUUCCCAUAUUUCUUAUCGCGUUAUUAUAUUUUGUUUAUCACAUUAUUUCCAGGUAACAUGAAUUUCGAUCAUUUUAGCUUUUGACUCCCAAUUUCUCUUUUUUAUUUUUUAUUUUUUUGGUAAUUACCCAAUUUCUGCUUUAACCUCCACUUGUGCUUAUCUUAAUAUCCACGAUUAAGUCUUAAUUCCUCCCCUCUCCCCCCUAUAUAUUCAGUUCUGCGAAUCCCACCAUCUCUUAUCAGAGUCCACCAAGGAAUCGGAUUCCAUCCAUCUGUUCAUUCAGUUCCCUCCUGACUCCAAAACUUCUCCACCUUUCACUCCUCCUUCCUCUUUCCGCGGAAAACUCAAUCGCCUCAGAAGAAUCAGGAAUCCAUCAUUCACAAUGGCGAGAGAAGUUGACGGUGUCAAAUACAACGAGGAGUUCAUUCUGAACUCAAGAGGGUCGAAGCUGUUCACGUGCAAGUGGGUGCCAGCGAAUGAAGAGCCGAAAGCUCUCAUCUUCCUCUGCCAUGGCUACGCCAUGGAGUGCAGCAUCACCAUGGACAGCACGGCGAUGCGGCUUGCGAAACAAGGAUACGGAGUCUACGGGAUAGACUACGAAGGACACGGGAAAUCUUCAGGAUUGCAAGGCUACAUCCAGAACCUCGAUUCUGUGGUUCAGGAUUGCGCCCAUCAUUUCAGAAACAUAAGCGAGGAUAAGAGAGGGAAGAAGAGGUAUCUGAUGGGAGAGUCCUUGGGAGGGGCGGUGACGUUGCUGCUGCAUAGGACAAUGCCCAAUUUCUGGGACGGUGCCAUCUUGGUGGCUCCAAUGUGUAAGAUAGCAGAUGACGUGAAGCCGCCUGCGUUUGUGAUCAGCGCUCUGACGAAACUGAGCUACGUGAUCCCAACUUGGAGGAUCGUGCCGACGAAGGACAUUAUCGACACUGCCUUCAAAGUGCCGGAGAUCAGAAAGCAGAUCAGAGAGAACCCUUACUGCUACAAGGGCCGCCCACGCUUGAAAACUGCUUUCGAGCUCCUCAGAACCAGCAUGGACAUCGAGCAACGCCUUCACGAGGUGACGAUGCCGUUCAUUCUUCUUCACGGCGAAGACGAUAGGGUGACCGAUAAAUCCGUCAGCAAACAGUUGUUCGGCGUGUCGUCGACCAAGGACAAGACGAUCAAGUUGUACGACGGGAUGUGGCACGGCCUUCUCUACGGGGAGACGCCGGAGAACAUUGAGCUAGUGUUCAACGACAUUACUUCGUGGCUCGAUGAGAGGAGCGGCGGCGCUUUGGCCUCGAGGUCUGAAAUGGAGCAAAAGUUUAGGAAUGAUAAGUUAUCCGGCCACUACCAGUCGUCCAAAUGAUGUAAUGGGGACAGUACAAACUACAAACUCCACGACCACUUUCGUCAUUUGAUUGAUUUGCCGCUAGCUUAACGAAUGUAUGCAUAUAUGGGACUUAUUUGUAAGAAUAAGGAAAUCGGUGACUGAUUACGGUGAAAGAGAUCCUGUUAUACAGAGCUUAAUAUUAAUUACAUGCAUGGAUGCUUGUUCACCUGCUGCGUGAUGAAGAGGAAGGUCUAUUACCCAAAGGGGGAAUGUAAGUUGUGCAGGAGGGGAAUUACCGUUGUCUGUAUUGAGUGUAUUCAGUGACAUGUACGUGUGAAAUAAAAUUAUAUUCUUUCUUUUUCAUUGCGGACGAGAGUAACUUUUGUAUGUGAUAAAUUCCAUCAGAGCUG